AUGUUGGAAAACAGUACUACCUAUCACCAACAAGUCUACAAUCUAGUUUAUUGUUUCACAUACAAUGGCAAAGCCGCCGAUGGCAGUGAUGAAUGGAAUGGUUGUUCAAAUGUCAAAUUAUAUUUAUUAGAAACUGGUAAUACCAUGGAACAUUAUGUUAAAUCCUUCAAUGUCAAUACAAAUCAAUGGGUGGCCUCUUAUGUAUAUAAACGUUUAAAAUUCUUAAAUAAUCGCACUAUAAGUUAUGCGGCAGCGCUAUUUUUCUUGGCCGUAUGGCAUGGUUUCCAUACCGGUUACUAUAUGUCCUUCUUUAUAGAAUAUAUGAUUGUAACCACCGAAAAACAGAUCGAAGGUGUUUACAAUAAAUCGGUGGUCACCAAUUAUGCUUCCCUUGUCGAAACUUUACCUUUUAAAGUCAUAAAAUUCAUCGCCUUAAAAUCAUACAAUUUAAUUUAUAUGGGCUGGUGUCUAACACCUUUCAUAUUCUUGAGCUAUGAACGUUGGAUUGAGGUCUUUAAAGCAGUUAAUUAUUUCGGUUUUGUUUAUGUGGCCAUUUGGUUUGUUAUCUAUAAAAUUAUAAAAGCAAUGAGUUCAAAAUCACGCCUAAAACAGGAACGUAUUGCCAGCAAGGCCACCGACCUAUCACCGACAAUUAAUGAACAGCGUACAACAGAUAGCAAAGCUACGGAUUUGUCACCAACUUUAGAAGAAAAUAAAAAAGACAAUUAAACAAUUAAGACACAUAGAGAAACAAAACAAAAGACAAAUUGUUUUGCAUUAUAGCAGAGACAAGUAUAAGAAAAAACAAAAUCUUGUUAAAAUGUUAUUUCCCCUCCAGAAACACAGGCUUAAGAAACAUCCAAAUAUAAAAGCUAACAGGGAGCAGUGAUAGAACUCUUUAAGCAGGGAUAUAUAGUAAAUAUUAAUACUCUUUACUGUUUUAGCAUCUCUAGCUGAUGUAUAGUAUUAUGGGUUUAAUAUUUAUUUAAGAGCUUUUGCUGUUCCUUUAGUAUGAUGAUGUAUUAGUUUAUUAAAUUUUUAAAUAAUUUUAAUUUUCUUUAAACUUUUAAACAAUUUUGUUUAUUUAAAUUAAUUUUUAUUAUAUUAAUUAUUUGUUAAUUUUGUUAAACAGUUUUCUUUUACUUCAUUUUUUACUAAAAUGUAUUAAAACUUUUUUUUUGCUUUAAAGCAAAUUAUUUUUUUAAUUAUUUAAUUUUUUUUAUAUUAUAAAAUAAUCACUUUCUAUUUGGGAAAAAGAGUUUAAAUGAAUUAAAGAUAAUAUAUACACACACACAACACUACUUUAUCUAGUCAAACGAAUUAAUAUUUAAAUAUCUUAAUAUUUAAACAAAAACCACAACAACAACAACA